AUGGACUCUCUGGGGACGACAGGUCCCCCGGCGACCCCGAGCUCUCUGACUCACCUGAGCCUGCGGGACAGCUCCGAGGCGCGGCCGCAGAACCGGGCCGACGGGCGGAGCCUCGCGGGCGGCUGGAGCAGGUCGUCCCCGGAGCACGGCUCCGUCCUGAAGGCAGGUGUGCGCACAUGCCUGCAGCAGCCGUGCCAGCAAACGGUGCGGAUCCUGCACGCCAAGGUGGCCCAGAAAUCCUACGGAAACGAGAAGCGCUUCUUCUGCCCCCCUCCCUGUGUCUACCUCGCCGGACCCGGCUGGAGGGUGAAGCCAGUGCCAGGCCAAGCCCACCCGGCGGCGGAGACCGGGCCGAGCGUCUGCGGCUACAUGGGGCUGGACGGCGCGGCAGGCAGCGCGGCCGAGACGCAGCGGCUGAAUUUCGAGGAGCAGCCGGAUUCCAGGGAGUUCGGCUGCGCCAAGACCCUGUACAUCUCGGACGCGGACAAGAGGAAGCACUUCCGGCUGGUGCUGCGGCUGGUGCUGCGAGGGGGCCGGGAACUGGGCACCUUCCACAGCCGCCUCAUCAAGGUCAUCUCCAAGCCCUCGCAGAAGAAACAGUCGCUGAAAAACACCGACUUGUGCAUCUCCUCGGGCUCCAAGGUCUCGCUCUUCAACCGCCUGCGUUCCCAGACGGUGUCUACGCGUUACCUCUCUGUGGAGGACGGGGCCUUCGUGGCCAGCGCGAGACAGUGGGCCGCCUUCACGCUGCAUCUGGCUGAUGAGCACUGCACCCAAGGAGACUUCCCGCCUCGAGAGGGCUACGUGCGCUACGGCUCCCAGGUGCAGCUGGUGUGCACGGUAACCGGCAUCACGCUGCCCCCCAUGAUCAUCCGCAAAGUAGCCAAGCAGUGUGCACUCCUGGACGUGGAUGAGCCCAUCUCACAGCUGCACAAGUGUGCCUUCCAGUUCCCCGGCGGGUCCCCGGGAGGAGGUGGCACUUACCUGUGCCUUGCCACGGAGAAGGUGGUACAGUUCCAGGCCUCUGCCUGCCCCAAGGAGGCGAACAAGACACUGCUCAACGACAGCUCCUGCUGGACCAUCAUUGGCACCGAGUCGGUGGAGUUCUCCUUCAACACCAGCCUGGCGUGCCCACGGGAGCCGGUUACCCCCGUGCCUCUCAUCAGCGCUCUGGAGCUCAGUGGCGGGGGAGACGUGGCCACCCUGGAGCUCCACGGGGAGAACUUCCACACAGGGCUCAAGGUGUGGUUUGGGGACGUGGAAGCAGAAACCAUGUACAGCCCGCGGUCCCUGAUGUGCGUGGUACCCGACGUGGCCGCCUUUGGCAGCGACUGGCGCUGGCUGCGCAUGCCCAUCACGGUGCCCGUGAGCCUGGUGCGCACCGACGGCCUCUUCUACCCUAGCGACUUCUCCUUCACUUACACCCCCGAGUACGGCGGGGGGCCCCAAGCCCCCGGACUCCCCGAGCCUGCAGCCGACGCCGACGCGCUACUGGAGAGCAUCCACUAUGAGUUCACUCGCACCAACUUCCACCUCUUUGUCCAUACCUAG